AAGGAUGGUGGGGCAGAGAAUUCGGAAGAGCCUCAGCAGCAGCCUCAGCAGCCACAGCAACAGCAGCAACAGCAGCAGCAGACAACUUCCAAUAAGCGGCCCAGUAACAGCGCUCCCCCACCAACCCAGCUGAAUAAGAUCAAGUACUCGGGAGGACCCCAGAUUGUGAAGAAGGAGCAGCUUUUCAUCCAGAAGCUGCGGCAAUGCUGUGUGCUUUUUGACUUCAUCUCUGACCCCCUCAGUGACCUGAAGUUCAAGGAGGUGAAGCGAGCAGGUCUCAACGAGAUGGUGGAAUACAUCACACACAACCGUGAUGUUGUCACUGAGGCCAUCUACCCUGAAGCUGUUAUCAUGUUUUCAGUGAACCUCUUCCGGACACUCCCGCCAUCAUCCAAUCCCACAGGGGCGGAGUUUGACCCUGAGGAAGAUGAGCCUACAUUAGAGGCUGCCUGGCCGCACCUUCAGCUGGUGUAUGAGUUCUUCCUCCGGUUCCUGGAAUCACCUGACUUUCAACCAAACAUAGCCAAGAAAUACAUUGACCAGAAGUUUGUACUAUCUCUGCUGGAUCUCUUUGACAGUGAAGACCCCAGAGAAAGAGACUUCCUAAAGACUAUUCUGCACAGGAUCUAUGGGAAGUUCCUGGGUCUGCGAGCGUAUGUGAGGCGGCAGAUCAACAAUAUAUUUUACAGGUUCAUCUAUGAAACAGAGCACCACAAUGGGAUUGCAGAGCUGUUGGAGAUCCUGGGGAGCAUAAUCAAUGGUUUUGCUUUGCCUCUGAAAGAAGAGCACAAGAUGUUCCUCAUCAGAGUCUUGUUACCACUGCACAAGGUGAAGUCUCUCAGUGUCUACCACCCGCAGUUGGCGUACUGUGUUGUACAGUUCUUGGAGAAAGACAGCAGCUUGACAGAGCCAGUGAUUGUGGGCUUGCUGAAGUUCUGGCCAAAAACUCACAGUCCCAAGGAGGUGAUGUUUUUAAAUGAGCUGGAGGAGAUCCUGGAUGUGAUUGAGCCAUCUGAGUUUGUGAAAGUUAUGGAGCCCUUGUUCAGGCAGUUGGCCAAGUGUGUCUCCAGCCCGCACUUCCAGGUGGCAGAGCGAGCACUGUACUACUGGAACAACGAAUAUAUCAUGAGCCUGAUCAGCGAUAAUGCAGCCAAAAUUCUCCCGAUCAUGUUUCCAGCACUCUACAAGAACUCCAAGAGUCACUGGAACAAGACAAUCCAUGGGCUGAUCUACAAUGCACUGAAGCUGUUCAUGGAGAUGAACCAAAAGCUUUUUGAUGACUGCACGCAGCAAUACAAGGCAGAGAAGCAGAAGGGAAGGUUCAGGAUGAAGGAACGAGAAGAAAUGUGGCAGAAAAUAGAGGAGCUGGCCCGGCUGAACCCCCAGUACCCCAUGUAUUACGCACCUCCACCAUUGCCUCCUGUCUGCUGUAUGGAAACGGAGACCCCAACUGCAGAGGAUAUACAGCUACUGAAGAAAACGGUGGAAACAGAGGCUGUGCAGAUGCUGAAAGAUAUUAAGAAGGAGAAAGUUUUGCUGCGCCGGAAAUCUGAGCUUCCUCAGGACGUCUACACUAUAAAAGCCCUGGAGGCCCACAAGAGAGCAGAAGAGUUUCUCACCUCAAGCCAGGAGGCUCUCUGACGGGCUCAGGAGCUGGCCUGGGAAGCUCUGCCCCAUCCCUUUCCCCCAGGGGUCACAGAAAUGCACUUGGUUCUCAUGUAUAAAUAGGGAAUGAACAUGGUGAGCUGUGCCUGUCCUCCACUCCAUCCACAUCCCUCCAGGGUAGAUCUGGUUUUACGUUAUAACUUGUAUCUCACCACUGUCAUGUCCUCUUGCUUUUCCUCCUUCCUCCUGCUUUUCCACCUCGGGUGUGCGUGCACAAAGGGAGCCUGCCUGACCUGUGAUCGGAUCAGCCCAGGCAGGAGUCGCUUCAUUUCCAGCUGCCGCCUGGUCCCUACUCUGCCUGGGA